AUGACAUCCACGAGACAGCCAAAAGCAUUCUCGCCAGUCGACGAACUUCCUUCCCGUCGUCUAGCCCCAGUGUGCUUGUAUAUCGUCGUUGAAAAUGUUGCGUCUGCGACAAUCGACCAGAAGAAUUGCUCGAUCGUCACUCCCGCACCGGGAGACCUCCGCGCAAAGCUCGAUUUCAAGUGCGAGGACCUUACGCGGAGCGAUCUGCACACACACUUAAUACACAGCAACUGCUCAAAUUUAAGUACGAAGUUCAUUUCUGUCUUUGAAAACGAAGGGAGGAUCCCCGUCUGGCUUGAACAUGGCGAUUUGCCAAUGAUACCUAAAGGCGUGCUGUACAUGAGAGCAGAAGCGAUAAACGCUUUUGAUGCCAGCAUUUGGAUUCGACUCGAUGAGGUCAGAGAAAGCUUUGGCUUGAAGCCGAACGAAGGAGACAAGGGAGAGUGGCUCGCUUGCGGCUUCAUCCCAAGAAGCAUGGUAGCCGCACAGGUCGCCCUGCAAGACUACCAAAGACGACCAGAUCUGGCUCAUGCGUUACCAAGUGAGUCAGGCGCCUCUCGAAGUGGAUCCAUCAAUUCGAUCAGAUCCAUCUCUCGCGACGAACAAGAGGAACAUAUAAAGGCGCAGAUCCUCAGGAACAAAGCAUCACGAGAGGAUUUGCGUCGAACGAAAGCAGCGUCCAAAAAGGCCAGCCAUGGCAGAGAGGACCAGCUCCUGAGGCAAGCUAUUAAAAACAGCCAGAGAGCCUCGAGAGAAGACAACGAAAGCGAGGUUAUCGGAAGACGUUCGAAUGCGACAUCGACCCAUGUAAAGCCACAACAAGCCACAUCUGAUGUCUCAAUUGAAAGCUCGACCGAAGAAUUCGCUGACUCCUCCCGUUACGCAUCGGUCCGCUCAUUCAAGCUACGUGAAGCGCUCAAACGGAGGGAGGCAUCGAACCCGAUCGAAUACCUUCGGAAAAAAAACCUUACGCCGGUACAAGGGCUUGGAGAGCUGACAGAGAAUCGCACACACUCGCUCCCCACGCGAGAUUCACUAGGCGGCCGUUACCCCAGAGCAGCUGGCGACGGGGCAGCGUCCCAACAAGAGACAUCGGCUUUGAUCCAAUUUCGUGAGCUUUUGCUCUGCAAAGGCUCUGACAACGAUUCAACCUCUCAGUAUUUCGAAACACUGUCUUCGGUCAGAGAUCCUGACGAAGUUUCGGAUCCGCUCCCACGAUCAGAACGACUCCGCCGCGCGCGGACAGGAAAGAGAGAGGUUGGCUUCUAUGCACUUGGUCAGAACCCCAGGUUAGAGUCAGGCGCAAAGACGCACGCAGGACCGGACACCGAAGACACUCCACAAAAUAUCUUGGACUACGCGUUGGGCGUCGUUUCUUCGGUCCUGGAUGAGAUAACGCAACACCGAGUCAAAUCCGCUUUGCAUGAACCCGCAGUUCCACCAGCGGACGAGGAGAUGCCUGGCUAUGAAGCUGACAUAUCUGACAACCACAGCUCUGCCUCAGAGCGUACCUUCAGUCGUAGAACAAGGAGGAGGUCGCAACAUUCUCGUUUGACUACACCUCUGAGCAUAUAUGAUCAUGGACAAAGAACUCAAACAAGAAAUUAG